AGUCUUUGACCUCUGAUCAUUAUGUGAAGUUUCCAGGCAAUUUAUAUUGGCUGACGGCUAGAAUGUUAAUGCCUAUAAUUAAUCGCCAAUUAUUCUUGCUCAUCAAGGUUAGUUUCUAAGUGGGACCAGAAUUUCCUUCAUAAGGCUCUGUAUCCUAGUUAACUAAUCAAAAGACCCAUGCUCACGUUUAAUUAAUUUGAAAAGAACAAUAACUUGAUAUGUACAAAUAAAUUGAAGAUAUUAAUAUAAACAUUAUACAUUGGCCGCCCUAGAGACCAGAUGAGGAUGGGAUCAUAUGCGCCUCCCAUGAGCAUUUUUUUAGAGGUACAAAAACUUUGUCCAACUUUACUUCUUGAUGCUCUAAUGUCUAUAAAAAUCAACCUCGUCAACUUAAAUUUCCAUCAACAACACAUACAGAAAUUUGAGGAAGAGAGUACAAAGAGAGACAGCAAAGUUUUUGAGAGCCAUGAAUUCCUUCCCAAUCAUCAACAUGGAAGAGCUCAAUGGAGAAAACAGAGGAUUAGCCAUGGGAAUACUUCGUGAUGCCUGUGAAAACUGGGGCUUUUUCGAGGUUAUGAACCACGGGAUCUCGCAUGAGUUCAUGGACAAAGUGGAGAAGCUCACCAAGGACCACUAUAAGAAGUGCAUGGAGCGAAGGUUCAAGGAAUUCGCUAGCCAAACUCUUGAGAAGGGUGAAGAGGUCGACACAAGCAAUAUGGAUUGGGAAAGCACCUUCUUUUUGCGCCAUCUCCCUAAACCCAAUGUUCACGAAAUACCCGAUCUCAAUGAUGAGUACAAGAAGGUGAUGAAAGAAUUUGCUUUGGAGAUUGAGAAACUAUCAGAGAGGCUACUGAACUUAUUGUGCGAGAACCUUGGACUAGAGAAAGGAUACUUGAAGAAUGCAUUUCAAGGAUCAAAAGGUCCUAACUAUGGCACAAAGGUCAGCAACUAUCCGCCGUGCCCACGGCCUGAGUUGUUCAAGGGCCUCAGGGCCCAUACUGACGCAGGUGGCAUAAUCUUACUCUUUCAAGAUGAUAAGGUCAGUGGACUUCAGCUACUCAAGGAUGGAGAAUGGAUCGAUGUGCCGCCGAUGAGACAUUCCAUAGUCGUCAACCUUGGUGACCAGAUUGAGGUUAUAACCAAUGGGAAAUACAAGAGCAUUAUGCAUCGGGUUCUCACACAAACAGAAGGGAAUAGAAUGUCGAUAGCUUCGUUCUACAAUCCAGGGAACGAUGCAGUAAUCUAUCCUGCUCCAGCUUUGGUGAAAGAAUCAGAGAAGGAGAACAAUGUGUAUCCAAAGUUUGUGUUUAAUGAUUACAUGAAUCUCUAUGUUCGGAAGAAGUUUGAGGCUAAGGAGCCAAGGUUUAAAGCUAUGAAGGCUAUGGAAACAGCUACCGCUUAAAGAAGUCUAUUGUAUUCAGGUUGAUUUACAUGGUAUUGAUACUAAGAAAAUUUAUUUAUCUUGUUACUGUGCAUAUUUUAGGAUAACCAAGGCUUUGUACUCAGUAUUAUGGGUUUGUGUGAGGUGUAAACCAUUGUGCUUGUGCUAGUUAAGAGUAACAUUACAUAUUUUCAUUAGUCAAAUUCGUAUUUUUCAUGAGUCUUCCUGAAUACCUUUGAAAGCAGUUCCCCACAUGGUGAAUACUUAUGAAACAAACAUCACUUAAUGAAGAAAGAAAUCAUAAAUACCACAACUGCAAUUAAUCAGUUUUGUGCUAUUAAAGGGGAAACAAAUGAAGAAAUCCCCUCAAUGCAACCAUUUCAUGACACCGAAUCAGGAAUUGUUGCUAAGUAUGACA